GCUAAUGCUGCGUAGAAUCUAAGCCACAAAUAAAGCUAGUUUUAACUGAAGCGUUGUUGCAUAAGGACUAGUCUAAAACUGAUCAAUUUUUAGAUCGUUGCUCAUAUUGGCUGUCAGAACCAGUAGCAUAAUACAUAUACAUAUGUAUUACUGAUCAGCAAGAACUGCAUACCACCAUACUGGACAGGAGAACUGGCACUAAGCCAAACAACCAGAGCAGUUGGGCGAUAUAUUUAGCUGGACUAUUACCUAUAACCUGAAAUAAGAACAAAGGUGAGUUAUGAUUUUAGUGUGCAUGUACGUACACUUGAAUCGAUGUAUACUUUUAUUUUAUACACAAGGCAAAGUUGAAUAUAUUGCAGAAAAUAAUUAUGCUUAAUGAAUGAAAUAACUAUAACCAUAAAUACCGUUAAAUAUGUAGGAUUGCAACUGUCUUCACACUUAAGUGACCUUGUUAUGUUUUCGCUCUACAGUCGUCUAUAGGCGAUAGUGAAAUCCCCAUAGAAAUGUAUUCGCCUAUUUUAACUACAAGGCAUUGGGGAAACUCUAUCGUCGGACUUUUGUUGCCACGACUCACUAAAGUUACCAAUAGGCUGCAUAAAAUGUGUAUGUUUAAUGAGUUUCCGUAACUUAGAUCAGCAGGCAUCCAAGCUAAGUGAAGUAUUUCUAACCGAUAUGAUGGACUUUGUUGUCCGACUAGUUUAAUAUGAUUUCCCGUCAGACUAGAGUUGCUUAGUUCUUAAACUUUAGCAAUGCCAAUAGCUGGGAGCUCAUGUAUUAAUGUUAUGAUGUUGUAAUCAAAGAUAUAGUUUUAUAGUAUUGCAGUACAACAAGGAGUCGUGUUGGUAAUCGCAGACUUUUUCAAAGAUAUGGAAAUUUCUAGUACAAUAGAUUGUCGAAAUACAGAACAUCGAUUAUCAGAAGCAUCGAAUAUCUGAAGUGAACAUGUCUUUUCAUUUUUAAAAGUUCCUUGCAUGCAAUGCGCAUAGCAUGGAGCUUUCUGGUACAAAAACCGGAAAUUAAUUACCACCCUGUCGCACAAUGUUGUUAAAAUCAAGACAUGUACUGUACAUUAAGUGGUCAGAAUGGAAUAAUGAGAUAUGAAAACGUGUUACAUGUACCAGAAUACACACCUGCAAAGUCAAAAUGACAUCAUAUUUCAUUUCAAGGACAUUAAUCUUCUUUUAGAAACGAUAUCCUUUCUAGUAAAAAAUAGUCAAGUCGUCACCAAUGACCCGUAUCACCCAAUUGACAUCUAUGCACCGUUGUCGAAUACUAUCGCAGUUACAUCUUAAAAUUGUUCAAGACAACUUUUAAAUGUAAAAUGUAUGUUUCUCUUUCCAUAGAGACCAGCCAUGUAUUUGACGCUUCUGAUUGUUGCUGCCAUCCUGGCACUGCUGGCAGUUUUGUUUGUCAGAGUAAUGUCAGCCAACCAUGACACCUUCAGGAAGAUGGGCAUUGACACACCUCCGACAUCUAGGAUUCUGGGAAACUUUGGCCUGAGUCUCAAGUACGGGAUAUUUGGAUCACAGACCGUUUUCUACAAGCAAUUUAAAGAUAAAAAGGUAGCAGUGUACUUCCAAUAAAAGUCUAAUAGACUAAACUUAACGUUAAAAUAAAAAAAUCCCCCAAAUUUCAAAUACAAAGAAAAUGUUGUCAUAGAGAACGUUGUGUUUAGAGGUUUUUUGUAAAAAAAAUAUUUUCAGUUACUAUUCAUUCACAGCCAACUUUUCAUAGAUUUAGCCAUACCCCAGUACCAUUGGUAGUCAUCUGGUGAGAUAUGCUUUACUCGUGUCCAUCAAAAACUCUUUGAUUGCAAACUAUUGCUUAUGUAUAUGAUUAUCGAAUGUAUAAAGUGGUAUAUGUUAGCAUUCAUUAACUAGAUUCAAUUUUUAAAAGGUAAGAAUACUAAAGUAAAAUAUAUUCCAUGGUAGCUAUUGGAAUAUAGUGACAUGAAACGUAAACCUAUUGAAUUUCAAUUAUCUAUAAUGAAUUUUGAAUUUCUACUAUCCAUAAAUAAACUGUUAAAAUGUUUAAAUUAUUCUUUAAAACAUAAAAUGUUUUUGGUCAAUAUUCUUUUUAAAUUCCGGUGAUAAUAUUUUUUUUUUUUUUUUUUUUCAGGUCUUUGGAUGGUAUGAAUCUAGACGGCCCAUUCUGAUUGUCAAGGUUUUAGACAUGGUGAAAGAAAUCCUAGUUAAAAAAUUAAACUGUUUCGUGAACAGAUUUGUCACCUUUCUAUCCAUAAAUAAACUGUUAAAAUGUUUAAAUUAUUCUUUAAAACAUAAAAUGUUUUUGGUCAAUAUUCUUUUUAAAUUCCGGUGAUAAUAUUUUUUUUUUUUUUUUUGUUUCAGGUCUAUGGAUGGUAUGAAUCUAGACGGCCCAUUCUGAUUGUCAAGGAUUUAGACAUGGUGAAAGAAAUCCUAGUUAAAAAAUUCAACUGCUUCGUGAACAGAUUUGUCACCUUUGACACCGAGCCUCCGUUCCGGGACAACCUGUUCAUCCUGCGAGGUGACCACUGGAAGCAAGUCCGCACCCUCGUCAGCCCGACCUUCAGCUCGGCCAAGAUCAAGACCAUGUCCUCACACAUAGAGAGAAACGCCAAAAUAAUGUUGGACAACUUACAACAAAAACAAGACUCCAGCGAAUGUGUUGAACUGCGAGAGUAUUGCUCUUACUUCACGCUUGACGUCAUCGCCAGCACCGCGUUCGGUUUGGAGAUUAACACCUUGAAAGAUCCCAAAAACAAAUUUGUAGCUUCGGCCAAAGCUUUAUUGAAUCCAAAUCCGCUUGUCUACGCACUCGUCUUGCUUUUACCGGAGUUAGCAAAAGUUCUGUCAAUGCUGGGCGUCAGCGUUCUCCCGCAGAAACCUUUGGACUAUCUCGCGAGUGUCGUUGACGUGGCGAUAGAGGAGAGAAAACGGGAUGAUUCGGGUGGAAAGAUCAACGACUUCCUUGAUCUUCUAAUGCGGGCUGAAGUUGAUCAAAGCCAUGACACGGAAAUCGAUGCUGCGUUGACGAGGAACGAGCUAACCAGAUCGGAAAUCCACGUGAGCAGAUAUAAAGAAUUUAAUCAUUUACAAAGACGAUUUAAAAACUGUAAAAAAUAUCACACGAGGCUCUUUAAUAUAGUUUGUUCCUUUAUUGGGCUUUCAAAGGGUUCGCACACUAUGUAUUAUGUAUUGAACCACUAAUGGAGAUAUAUUAAAAUAGUCAGCAGGCGAAGUAAGAUAAUUGAUAUUGCUUUGUUUUAUUGUUUUCUUAGGAUACACCAUACAAAAUUCCGUAUCUUUUUAAAGACUUCUUUAAUUUAAGGAGCAUCAAUAAAUUAAAUACUUUAAUCCUUAAAUAUAUUCAAUAAACAUAAUUGUGUUAAGAGUAUUUACAUUCUCAAUAAUUGUCAAUAAUGUAGUAUGAACCAAAUUGGACGUUCUCAUUAAGUAGCAUGUAAAUAAUUUGUAACAAUCUAAAUUUAAAAUAACAAAAUAUAAUUAUAAUAUUAAUUGAUUAGCUUUCUCGUGUUCUUCAUCAUCUAAAUGGUUCUAAUAUCCGUUUAAAAUCUAUCAUAAAAUUUGCUUUUUCUGUUUCCUAGGCUCAGGCCAUCAUUUUCAUAUUUGCUGGCUAUGACACGGUGGCUACGGUUAUGUCCUUCACCUUGUUCCUGCUGGCCGUCAAUCCCGAGUGUGUCAAAAAAGUGCAAGCAGAGAUUGACGAGCAGUGCGGGAAGGACGUCCCCAACCACGAGACGGUGCAAGGUCUCACCUACCUGGAGAUGUGCAUCAGUGAAUCCAUGCGUCUGUUCCCCCCGGCGACACUGCUGGUCAGGGAGUGUGUUCAAGACGCGGAGAUACAAGGGAUCCACAUCCCCAAAGACAUGAAGAUAUUUAUUCCGGUCUAUGCCAUUCACACAGACCCUGAACAAUUCCCAGAGCCAGACAAGUUUGACCCUCAGCGUUUUACCACAGAGAACAAAGCGUCACGCCACCCUUACGCAUACCUUCCCUUUGGCUUUGGACCUAGGUCUUGUAUUGGCAUGAGACUGGCUAUUGUGGAGAUGAAAAUCGCUAUAGCUGCAGUGUUACAAAAAUUGAUCCCGGUGGUUUGCAGCAAGACAGUGUUUCCACUGAGACUAAGCAAGAUACAGACCAAGGCAGAUGAUGGACUUUGGGUGAAAUUUGAAAAAAGAAAUGAAAAAAUAUAAACACAAUCUGAUAAUUAUCAGUGAUUGCUCUGAAU